AUGGUGGGUACUCAACGCUCGCCACCGGUUAAAGCUCUUCAGAGCUAUGGUAUCACGAAACCGCUUUCUGUUGCUGGACCUUCCGCAGCUGAUGUUAAGCGUAAUUCGGAGCUGGAGAAGUUCCUGGUUGACGAGGGGCUGUACGAGAUCAAGGAAGAAACCACGCGGAGAGAAGAAGUUCUGGGACGCAUUGAUCAGAUUGUAAAACACUGGGUGAAACAGUUAACCCAUGAGAGGGGCUAUACAGAUCAGAUGGUGGAGGACGCAAAUGCUGUCAUUUUCACUUUUGGAUCUUACCGCCUUGGAGUACAUGGUCCUGGGGCAGAUAUUGAUACUUUGUGUGUUGGCCCAUCUUAUGUUAACCGCGAGGAGGAUUUCUUCAUCAUCUUGCGUGAUAUGUUGGUUGAGAUGGAAGAAGUCACUGAGCUUCAACCUGUUACCGAUGCUCAUGUCCCAGUCAUGAAGUUUAAGUUCCAAGGAAUAUCAAUCGAUCUUCUGUAUGCUAGCAUAUCACUUCUAGUCGUGCCACAGGAUCUGGAUAUCUCCAACUCUUCUGUGCUAUGUGAUGUGGAUGAGCAAACUGUUCGCAGUCUUAAUGGUUGUAGGGUUGCUGAUCAGAUUCUUAAACUUGUUCCUAAUUUCGAGCACUUCCGGACAACGUUACGAUGCCUGAAGUACUGGGCUAAGAAGCGUGGGGUCUAUUCAAAUAUUACUGGAUUCCUAGGUGGUGUAAAUUGGGCUCUUCUGGUUGCACGCCUGUGCCAGCUUUAUCCUAAUGCUAUUCCUAGUAUGCUGGUUUCUCGGUUUUUUAGAGUAUAUACACAAUGGCGCUGGCCGAAUCCAGUCAUGCUUUGUGCAAUAGAAGAGGAUGAGCUUGGAUUUCCUGUCUGGGACCCACGAAAAAAUCAUCGUGACCGUUAUCAUCAUAUGCCAAUAAUAACUCCUGCAUACCCAUGCAUGAAUUCUAGUUACAAUGUCUCUCAAAGCACUCUUCGUGUUUUGACAGAGCAAUUCCAGUUUGGUAACAAGAUCUGUCAGGAGAUUGAGUUAAAUAAACAACACUGGAGUUCCUUAUUUGAGCAAUAUAUGUUUUUCGAGGCAUAUAAAAACUACCUUCAGGUUGAUGUACUAGCGGUAGAUGCAGAAGAUUUAUUGGCUUGGAAGGGUUGGGUGGAAUCACGGUUCAGGCAGCUGACCUUGAAGAUAGAACGAGACACAAAUGGGAUGUUAAUGUGCCAUCCUCAACCAAAUGAGUAUGUGGACACAUCCAAGCAGUUUUGGCACUGUGCCUUUUUCAUGGGCUUGCAGAGGACAGAAGGAGUUGGUGACCAAGAAUGUCAACAGUUUGAUAUACGUGGAACAGUGGAUGAGUUCAGGCAAGAGGUAAACAUGUAUAUGUUUUGGAGACCUGGGAUGGAUGUGUAUGUUUCUCAUGUUCGUAGAAGGCAGCUUCCACCUUUUGUUUUCCCAAAUGGAUAUAGAAGGCCUCGUCAAUCCAGGCACCAAAAUCAACAACACAGAGAACCUGGUGAGGAAGGUGUUGGCUCUAUGUCCGCCUAUGCUGAGAGACAUGCGAAGAGAAAGAAUGACAAUGAACUAUUGGAUACGAGGCCAGAGAAACGUGAGAAGCGUGCAUCUCUUAGUCCACAUAGUAUAGAUCUAGUUUCUCCCGACAGUAGUGCUAUCACUACUGGUGGGACUCCUCAGAGUGGCAUUGUUUCAGGUCCUAGAGCCGAAUGCUUAGUAACUGGUGAUCUUGUUUGCAACAUCGGAAGUCUUCCUAAUGUGGAAGUUGAGGCUGAAAAAUUAAUAAGUAAAAGCACGGAACUCAUAAAAUUUUCUCAAUAUGAGCACAACUCUGGUAGCAAACAAAUCCUGGAAGUAGAUAGUAGGACUCUAGUUCAAGGCUGCCAUGACCUGUCUGUGCCUGUAGGAAAGCAUGUGAGACCUCACCUUAGUGCUGUUGUAGCAUGUGAAGGUGGACAAAAUGAAGAAACAGGUCGUGAUAUGGGCUCUGAAUCCGUCAAUGACACUGACACACAGCUUCUUCUAAGGCGACGAAAUCUGAAAGAGGAUGUUGAUGAAGUUGAGAGGGAAUCCAGGUGGGAAGAAAUUGCUGAUGGUGUUUUGAGAAAUGGAUACUGUGGGAGAAACCUUAAUAACGAGCUGUGGGACAUAGAAACAAACAUUCGGAAGGAUUGUUUAAAAUUAGCUUGUCAGAAGAACUUCAGUCAAAUCCUUUGCUUAGCGGGAUGGGGAGGCCGGAAGACGGAGCUAGGUCAGACUCUUUGCAGAAUGCACUGA